AUGUUCGACGUGUUCUUGAGUUUUCGAGGACCAGAUACUCGUGUUAACUUCACAGAUUCCCUCUAUCAUGCCUUGCUAGAUAAGGGUAUUCAUGUUUUCGUAGACAAAAAGGGGAUCGACAUUGGUGAAGAGAUCGGCCCCGAAAUCUUCCAGGCCAUCGAUGACUCGAAAAUAUGCAUUCCCAUCUUCUCCAGAGGCUACGCCUCCAGUAGCUGGUGCCUGCGUGAGCUAGAACACAUGAUGAAGUGUAAAGAAGCCUCUGGACUAGAGGUUAUGCCCAUUUUUUAUGAUGUGGAACCUUCUGAUUUGAAGCUUGAAACUGAUGUAUAUAGGGAUGCAUUAACUCUGCAUGAACAAAAACGUGGGGCUGAGAUUGUGCAACGAUGGGCAGAGGCGCUCAAGGAGGUUACAAGAAUCAAGGGAUGGGACACCAAGGACAGAGGUCAUGGAGAACUCACACGGCUAAUAGCUCGUAAAGUUUUGGUUAAGCUUAAGGUGUCUCCUGUACAUCUCCCUGAUCAUUUGGUUGGGAUCAACCAUUCUGUGGAUGAAGUGAUAGAUUUGUUGAGUGUUGAAUCUACGGACAUAAGGCUCGUUGGAUUAUGUGGAAUGGGUGGUAUCGGUAAGACAACUCUUGCCAAGGUUGUUUACCACAAACUGUCACCUGACUUUGAAAGCUGUAGCUUUAUCCAAGAUAUUCGACAAGCAUCAGCAAGUUCAAGUUUUGGCCUUCUAAAUUUGCAAAGGCAACUAGUGCAUGAUAUCCUUGGGGACAAAGGAAUUGAGUUUUCUAGCAUUGACCAAGGGAAAAAUAUAAUUAAAGAACGAUUUAAGAGAAAGAAAGUUCUUGUUUUUCUUGAUGAUGUAAAUCAUAGUAGCCAACUAAUUGCACUAGCAGCAACAAGAGAAUGCUUUGGUUCAGGAAGUAGAAUUGUGGUUACCACGAGAGAUAGAAAUGUUAUGUCUGUAUUUCAAGAUCAGUUUGACCAUAGAUUGACUUAUGAAGUGGCAGAGCUGAAUAGUGAAGAAUCUUUACAACUUUUUAGCAAGCAUGCAUUUAGAAACAACUAUCCUCCAAGUGACUUUCUAAGUCUAUCUAAGAAUAUCACUGCAAAAACUGGCGGCCUUCCUUUGACUAUUGAAGUGAUGGGUUCCUUUUUAUAUCAGAAAAGAAAAGCAGCAUGGGAAGAUACAUUAAAAAAGAUGGAAAGCCAUCUUCAUGAGGAUGUGGAGAAAAAGUUAAUCUUGAGUUAUGAGGUUUUAGAUGAAGAGCAAAAGCAACUAUUUCUUGAUAUUGCCUGCUUUCUCACCGGAGAGAAUAAGAGAGAUGCAACUUAUAUGUGGGAUGAUUAUGAACUGUUUCCUGAUGAGGGGAUUGAUGUCCUACUUUUGAUGUCCUUAAUAAAAAUUGGAGAAAAGAAUGAAUUUUGGAUGCAUGACCAGCUUAAAGACUUUGGUAGGAGUAUUGUACGUAAUGAAAAUCGCAAAGAUCCGGGAAAGCGCUCGCGUGUAUGGAAUAAUGACGAAGCAUUGGGUAUGAUCAUCAAGAAGAAGGGAACUGAAACUAUUGAAGCGAUUUGUGUGAACUUUGACGGGAUUGUUUUGACACCGGAAGAAUUUAUGAAAAUGCCAAACGUUAGAUUUCUUCGACUGAUCGGCGGAAACCUGUCCGGAGACUUUGAGGAUCUCUUUUCAGAAGCGGCUACGAGAUUAAAGGUCCUUAAUCUAUCAAAGUGCGACAAGUUAAGCACAACUCCUGAUGUCUCUACAUAUUUAUCCUUAGAAACAUUAAUUUUGGAGGAAUGUAGGAAUUUGCUGUGGAUUGAUCCAUCUAUUGGUCAUUUGAGAUGUCUGAAGCACUUGAAUCUAAAUAGAUGUAAUCAAGUCCACUGGUCAUCCCGUAAUGUAUAUGAUACAAGCAUUAGUCAAAUUCCAAGCUCAAUAGGAGCACUCGUAAAUCUUGAGUGUUUGGCCAUUUGUGGAGCUCGAAAGCUAAAGACACUUCCUAACUCGAUUGGAAUGCUAAAAUCCUUAGCUGAGUUGGAUGUCUCAAGCACUGGCAUUGUGGAAUUGCCAAAUACCAUUGUCAAUCUAAAGAGCUUGAAAGUGUUGAAGAUGAACAGAAGUCACAUGCAAAGGUUACCUGAGGCAAUUGGGAUGUUGGAGAAACUUGAAGAGCUUCAUGGAGAGGAUUGCAUGCGGCUAGAGAUGAUUCCUAGUGAUAUCAUGAGAUUACCUUUCUUGAAGAUUUUGAAAUUAACACAAACUCGUGUGGAGAAUGUACCAAAGCUUCCCCAGAGUUUGAUUAGACAGAUGCCUCUCGCUCCGGUCAUGCGAGGUACCUAUUACGGCAUUCCAUCUGACGUGGAGGUCAAUUGUACGGAGCUUGACUAUGUCACCAUUCCUGGUCUGACGUUCGUACGGGUUCGGGUGCUGGUUAUGUAUGAUGUGGGCCUGGCUAGGGGCCCGGUCAUCCAAAAGUUCUUGUCGGUCCACGUCUGCCGUGACGGAGUGAUUCGGGGGAUGUUGCCGCCGCCACUGCCCGAUGCGCUAGGAUGGGUGUGA